AUGACCUCCAACAUCCCCGAAAUCUACCUCUUAUGCAUGGACAUCAACUUCAUAACCGCAUUCAACUCAGCCCUCGAAACAAUCUGGCCAAAUCACUCACCCGCAAAAAUAAAAAUAACACCCAUAAAUGAACGCCUAAAUAAUAUUCCCCCUUUCACAAAAUACGACGUCAUAGUUUCCCCCGCAAACUCCUACGGCCGCUUAGACGGCGCCUUCGACCACGCCAUCUCAAUGACUUUCAGUCCACACGAUGACUAUCAUGCCCUCACACGGGCAACUCAACUAGUUCUCUACGAUAAAUGGAGAGGCUAUGCACCACCAGGCUCGUGCACCCUUGUCGAAUUUCCAGAGGCACUGAAACAGAACUCGCGUGGAUGUGAAUGGGUCGCUAUUUGUCCUACUAUGCGGGAACCUCAGAAUGUGAAUUGGGAUCGAGAGAUCGUAUUUGAGUGUGUUUGGAGUCUGUUAAAUCAGGUUGAAGGACAUAAUCGUCGUCUUACGUCGGGAUCCAAGAAUGCAUCCGAAGGUAAACGUAUUGAAUCGUUGCUUCUGCCGCCGUUGGCGGUUGGUGUUGGAAAAGUUAGCAAGAAGCGUUGGGCUCAGCAGGCCGUUUUGGCUAUGAUGCAUUUUGUUGAGGCUGUUGAGAAGCCUGAAAACUGGAGUUGUUUAAAUUGGGAUAAGAUUGAAGUUAUUGGGGAUGAGAUUAAUGAUACUUGGAAGGAAAAAUGA